GCUGUGCGGUUUAUUCGUCUGCGGAUCGCCGACGAAACUACAAGGCUCUCUAGCGAUUAACUACGCACCGAGCCCGCGAGUUUUGUGAAAUAAAAAGAAAGUUGAGAACGUUGAAUGAUAAUACCUUAGUCACCAUGUCCACUAUGCUAGAUGUUUGCGGACCCCUCUCCCCGCCGUCAACGCCGCCGUUGAUGGACGUAAAAGUCGAGUUGCCUCUGAAGAAGGCAGCAGUGAAGCGUGCCCGGGAGUCUCCUCCGGCCGGGCUCGUCACCCCACAACCCUCAGAUUCCGAAGGCGAGGAUGAAUGCAGCAAACGGUCUCGCUGCGAACUAGCGAGGCUGUUACUGGCCACGCCGCCGCCGGAGCCCUGCACGCGCCCCUCUGUAAUAAUGCGGGCGCACAAGGACGGCACCUGCAGCCCCGAACCGCUACCCCCGCCUCCGACAACAAUGAACAUCCUCAAGACCCUCAAAUUCAAAAUGAACCGAGGCCACAGCUACUCACAAGCUAAAUACAUAGCGAGUCAGACGCAAUCGCCGCCUCCGGCCCCGCCCAGUCCGAAACCUGUAGAAGAGGAGGCUAGAGUUCCUUCGCCGCACCCGGAGUGUUCGCCACCCAAACGUGAUGAGCAGAGGGUGCCGCAAGUAUCGACUGCGUCCACCCCUGGGUGGGUGCCCCUCGCGCCCCGGCCCGCCCCGGCUGUGCUAGUACCGGGCGCGCUGCUACCCACUACCGCAUUGUGGCUAGUCGCCCCCGCCCCCGCCGCAAGGAGACGUCUCUACGAGUGCGCGUACCCCGGCUGUGGGAAGAACUAUUUCAAGUCCUCACACCUGAAGGCUCACGCCCGGACUCAUACCGGCGAGCGUCCCUUCCGCUGUGGUUGGCCGGGCUGCGAGCGACGAUUCUCUCGCUCAGACGAGCUGUCACGGCACAAACGCACGCACACGGGAGAAAAGAAGUUCGGAUGCCGCGUAUGUAGCCGUCGUUUUAUGCGCUCCGACCACCUCGCCAAGCACGUCAAGCGUCACGCCAAAGAACGCGCCCCGACCGCGCCCGCGCCUCGCCUGCUACCUUCACCUCUGUGAUCGCGAUCGCGAGAUCGUCACCUAAUUUUAGUACUGAAUAAAGACUGUUCUAUCUGACUACUUAAGUAGUUACUAGCUGUAAGUCUAUGCUAAUGAUGAUGGUAAGAUUCAAAGAAUAUAAGAAAUUGAUAUAUAAA